UUGUAGCUGGAGUUAAUGGCUCAAUGAAGCCACAUGUUGAUUAAAAAAAAAGUAGUUAUUCUCAUUAAGACAGUUUCCUGAGCUGUGAUUAAGGCUGAUAACAGCUCGUAAGAUGUUAGGCUAUGGUAGUGAAAGCAGGUGGAGUCAGAGAGGGUAAGUGGUUAAGAUUGUGUAUAUGAGAGCUGGAGCUUUGACUGAUAGCUUGGUGUCAAACAAGUUGUGUUUUAGGCUGACUGAAUAGGAAUUUGGGGAUUCCGUCAGCGUAAGAAUAUUGGAAUUUCCUCCUGUGGGACUAACAGAGGAACAUCUUACCUGAUAACUGUAUUGAGCCUUAAAGGGAAAUUCUGUUGCUGCUUAUUCACAUUUAUCCUCAUUCUACAUGUCUAAUCAGAAGGUUCAUCUAUUGUAUGUCUGCUAAUGGGUGCAGGUGCAAAUGCAGUUGAUGUACUUUAAUACAGAAACAAAAAACCUUAAUGUUUUCCAAAUACCUUUAUUUCUCUAAUUUAGACAAUUUCAGGUCAGACCCUGCUUGCUUGUAAUAUUGUUUUUUUUUCUAAAAUUGAACAUGGCUAGAUUAUGUGUGUGUUGCACGGCAGACUUAAAUGUCACCUGUUUGUUGUCACUGUUGCUAUUAUACAUAGAAGCAGCAAUAGUCAAUCUGCAAUAUUAUAGUAUUUACAAAUAAGUCAAAGGCAAUGUCAGCUGCAGAAAGUCAAAUUAAAACUGCAGUAUUUGUACAAGGUAGUAACCAUGCUACUGAAAAAUAGGUGUACUUUGAUUUUUUUUUAAUGGCUAAGUUUUUAUAAUGAGUUUUAAAAUGCAUUCCAGGUUUUCUGAUAGAGAUGAAAAAAAAACCCAAACAAGUCUUACUCUUCUUAAUUUUUGAUGACUCAUGUUCGGUGUCACUUUUAUUUCAUAACGGACAAAUGUGCAUGUUUAAAUCUACCUCUGAUGUAUUAUGGUGUGUAGGAUGUACUUUUGCUGACCAUUAUCCUACUUCUUCAGUUUUCACAACAGCCUCUGUUUGUUGACUUACAUAACGUCACGUCGCUGUCGGCCAGUCGGAUGGUGUAUUUCCCAGCAGGCUCCGCCCCUUUUUACAGGAUGAACCAUAUUUGGCAAAUGACGUCUUGGGGAUACCGUCUCUGGAAUAUUCCAAAUCUCGAAGGCAAGAGUAAAAGUAAAUCCCGUGAUAUUUAAUCUUGCCUUUAAUAGUCCAAACGUGAAUAUAAACGUUUUGAAACAGUAUAAUCUGACAGUUUUGGAAGUGUUACUUGGUGUUUGUGUCGAGUUGUUAUGUGAGUGUUGUGGUGUUGUCUCUUCGCGGUGUCAGGUUAACAGCGCUCCCCCCGUCUACGUCAUUCACGGGUCUGUCUCAAGCUAUAAAAGGACUCCGAGCCUCCAGAAGUGGCAUUCAAACUUUCAGUAGCAGACAAGCAACAACAAGAAAGACACCAGGAGCUGAAACCGAGAGUCCCUCGCGCACUCUUUUAAAGGAUUUCCUUACUCAAGUGAACAUUUCCGCCUUCAUUUGGAUCUUCCUACUCUAUUUUUUUGCGGAAAGAUGAUGUUUACCGCCUUCAACACGGAGUGUGAUUCCUCCUCUCGCUGCAGCACUGCUUCACCGUCUGGUGACAACCUGGCAUAUCCAUCACCAGCGGGAUCUUACUCCAGCAUGGGGUCUCCCCACUCUCAGGUAUGUCCGGUAUCCUAUUUUUUAAACUUUUAGUUCAGUGAUAUCUGUAUAGAAGUUACAUCAAUUUGAAUAUGCUUGCAAUGCAAAGCAGAACUUGUAAGAUAAGCAUUAAAAUAUUGCGCCUCACAAGCCUUGAAUUUAAAAAGAUGGCUGAUGAAUAGUGAAACAUGAAUAAAUAGUUAAUAGCCUAUAUGUUAAGUUUAGCCUCAAAUAGUCUACUGACCUGCACUUCACAGUGCAAGGCAAGCUUCAUCCAUCCACCUGGAAACUCCUCUGAGAGAGUGUAACGUCAUGGCUUACAUCAUAUGGAUAUUUUUAACCCAGCCAGCUUUUUAUAGGUCCCCUGCUUCAUUCAUAGACACCCCGCAAUGCUGCACCCCUCCUCCUGAGAGCAUCCAUGUACUGAUGAUUCUCUUGCUUCAUUUCCCUCACAGGAUUACACCGAUCUGACAGCAUCAAGUGCCUCCUUCAUCCCCACUGUCACAGCCAUUUCAACAAGCCCAGACUUGCAGUGGAUGGUGCAGCCUUUGAUCUCUUCAGUGGCCCCCUCUCACAGAGCUCCCCCCUACAGUUCCAGCCCCACCUUCUCCAGACCAGCCAUGAGGUCAGCAGCCUCCAAGGCCCACAACUCUCUGAAGAGAGGAAGAAUGGAACAGGUAAUUAUCAUUUGAUCAUGCACUUAAGAUUCAGCAUAAGAAGUAUAACCCUAAAAAUCAAAGUACUUAUUAUUUAUUCAGAGUUGGAGGUUGAACUUUGUCCACUUGUAUUUGCAGACAUCACCUGAGGAGGACGAGAAGAAGAGAAUUCGCAGAGAGAGAAACAAGCAGGCAGCAGCAAAAUGCCGCAACAGAAGGAGAGAGCUUACAGACACCCUGCAAGCUGUAAGUGUGCCACAAAUUUACCAACUCUCAUUUUAAUAUUGUAUCAUCACACCACACCACUGUUAUCCAACUGCUAAGCUAAUGCACUUCCUUUUUUUCAUCUCCCUCACAGGAAACUGAUCAGCUAGAAGAUGAGAAGUCCGGCCUGCAGAAUGAUAUCGCCAACCUCCUGAAAGAGAAGGAGAGGCUUGAGUUCAUUCUGGCUGCACAUCAACCCAUCUGCAAAAUCCCCUCAGAGCUGGACACCGAGUUCUGUGUUGCCUCCAUUUCUACCGCCCAUCCCUGCCUUUCCACCAAGUUGUCCCCCCAGUCCCAGAGCACCAUCCCAACUGCAUCCUCUGUCCACUCAAGCCAGCCAACCUUUACAUCAUCCUCCAACUCCAUCUUCUCCACCAGCAGCUCUGUCCUCUCCACCGCCACCGUCUCCAGCAGCUCAGUCAAGAUGUCAGACCUGGAGUCCUCAGUUCUGGAGGAGUCUCUGGAUCUGCUGGCUAAGACAGAGUUGGAGACCGCACGCUCUGUUCCAGAGGUCGACUUGUCCAACUCUCUCUACACAACUCAGGACUGGGAGCCUCUUCACGCCACAGCCAAUCCCAAUGACUUUGAGCCUCUGUGCACGCCUGUGGUGACCUGCACACCUUCCUGCACUACCUUCACAUCUUCUUUUGUGUUCUCCUUUCCAGAGGCAGAGACAUUUCCCACCUGUGGCAUUGCCCACAGGAGAGGAAGUAACAGCAAUGAUCAGUCUUCUGACUCCCUCAGCUCACCGACCCUCCUAGCCCUUUAAAGACUCUUCCAGAAACAAUAAUUCUUCCUAUAAAGCACAUUUUCUUGAUAUAUUUAGAUAGAUGUGCAGAUCACAGGGCUAUGGAAAGGACUGACACCAACUAUUUAUUAUUUUCUUCACCUGUCUAUACUUGCCUAUGACACCAAUGUAGCAAGUUAAAAGCAUGUUUCAAGUUAUACCAUCUAGUAGUGUUAUGAGUUCAUAAAUGAUUUCUGGUGCUAGACAAAAAAAAAUGUUGUAGUAUUGAUGUGUUUUUAGAGCAAUAUUUGAUAUUGAUCCAGUUUGUUUUUCUGGUUGAUGGAAUGUGAGAGUAAUUGUGAAGUUUUUGUGACACUUAAAACUGACAUGCUUUGUCUUAACUGUGGUCUGAGUGGUCUAUCUUUGAGUAUAAAGUUUUCUGUGAAAACAUUAGUGCUUUUAAUUUAUGAAAUUUCAAUUUAUUUUUUUACAGAAAGAAUAACUAUGAUUGCUGUUUGUAAUAUAUGUAAAUAAAACAUAGUGAUAUUUCAAUUGACCUAUUUCUCUGGUUGUCUCUAAUUUUUCUCUUUCUCUCUUUUUUCUAUUUACUUAUAGAAUUAAGAAAGAAAACCAUCUUCAGGGGGAAUCAUCACUCAAUUAAAAUAAUGCCGUAAUUAGUCUCUUUAAGGGAUAGCUGUUUUUUUCCUGCACCUCCACUACCUAGCUCUAUUUAUUGUUCCGUCUGUUGCCAAGGUUAACUUUACGUCAGGGCUCUGACGUCAGUGCGUUCUUUCCAUUUUUUUUCUAAGUUUUCAGGCACAGCGCAAUGACGUUUUACUUCCGUGCCCAAAUAUAGCACGGUAGUACGGGUGGUUGCUGCCAGCUCCUGGAGAAAGGCAGACAGACGGCUCAAUUGAAUGACUUUUUCUGCUUUAAUAUUCUUGUAGGUGUUUACAGUUGAAGUUUUAUCCACUGGUAUUUCUCUAGAGAGAGGGGGAAACGUGUUUUGUGCUUUCUUCACCGAAGCAAUCUGCUUUUACUGCACGCUUCUGGUUAUACAACAGAAACCGCCUGAGGAUCCGAAGGCAACAUUUCAGCCCCGAUUCACGUUGGUUUGAUUUAUUCUGCUUUAACGAAAGACUUGAAUUUGUUAAAAUAUUACCUCCCACGGUCAUGAUUUGAGUUACUGCAAAUGCGUCUGAAAUUAGUGUGCAGGAAUGACCAAAAAAUGAAGUAAAUGGCCCGAGCUAAUGCAGACAGCUGGAGACGCAAUGUGAAGUGUCUGUAUGCUCUGUGUGUCCUCCUCAGGCUGGCCAAACUCUUGCUGAUUAUCACGUAAAGACAAUUUCUGAGAAAGGUGCACAUUUGGGCCAAGAUUUAUGUUCCUAAAAUAAAAGUGAUUGACGGUACAUGAUCAAAAGUGUAUAUAAAGUAUUAUGACGAACCAGGAUUUCCAGAGGGUCUCAUAUGUGGUCUUCCUUUACCAAAUGGCCAAUUGUUUACCCCUGUUAUUGUUCAAGAAACAUAUUUAGUGAAAGGUUGGAUCUUUGGAUUUUAUUUUCUUAAGUUCCUGCAUAUUCUGUCUAUAUACGUUUAUGUAACUCACAGCUUUAAGGUUAAGGUUCAUCUGAGGUAGCCCACUCUUUGAGCUGGGACUUACAUGCAUCUGGCAGAAUGUGCAAUCCUAACUUUUCCAUUUUUUUUUAUUUUUUAACAGAAGAUUGUUAUCCCAAAGACCAUAUCAUUAACGUGGAGACAGUAAAUUGAUCAUAUACACUAUAGUUGCUUUAUAAAUUUCUAAUGAAACUCACCGCUGAAAUAUUACAGUAUUCACACUGUCAUGAACCUUUCCUCUCCCACCACACCCUUACUUAACACCCUUUCACCUCACUUGCUCGUGUCACCCUUUAUCAACAUUACAACAAAUCCAAAGGCGAGGCAGAUUUCUUAAUAGCUUUCCACAGGAAGUGUGUGGUGUAUGUGCACGGCGAACCGGCUAAGUGGAGGACUACUGACACACAACUCAUCCUGACGUUUGAACUCUCCCAAGGCGGUCACACCCUUUUUUAUGCAACAAUGCCAUACAAUAUCAGCAGCUGCUUGUCUGCUUGCUGUUGGCCAACACCUCCAAAGUAAAUACUAAAAAAGAAAGAUUAUUCAAAUAUUUAUAGUAGUUCAAAGAAAUAUAUGCAUCUUUCUUGUGAGAUUGCUUUAACACAGGACCUUGUAUUGUUUGCACUUGUUAUAACUCUUGUACCUAUUUUUCUUUUGUACUUUAGUAAAGCCACUUAUUCCUUUACUUUUGCUCCAUGUGUGAUCAUGCAGCACCAAAUGCAGCUCUGUCUAUUAAUACCCCCUUUGCCAGCCCUGGGGAGAUGGGGAAGCAGCAGAAAUAGCAGGUGCCUAUUGCCUCUUUUAACAUCAGCAUCAACAGCAGUAAAAUUAGACCACUAUGACGCCAACCUGCGUCGGUGCUGCAACCCAGGGGAGGAAGCAAGUGGCGUACGCCUGAUAGAAAGAGAGAAGGAAAGUAAGAGCGAGGGGAGGGGAGGGGGUGGCAGACAAAGAUCCCUGGCUUAGUGUAAUCGUGAGCAGAGUGAUGAUGAAACAGCCAAGUUUGCCUCCGUGUCACAACGAAACUUGCCCCUUGAAACCUUUCUUAUGUCAAGAUAUAAUCCAUGAUUACUUCACUGUCUUCCCCCAUGAUGCAGUUACAAUCACACUUCUGCAUUUAAAAAUACAUCGAAUUACAUUUAUCUCUUUUUUGUGAGACAGAUUAAAUUCAAUGUAUUCUAUAGUUUUUGUGUGUGCUUUUUAUUUGCAUUCAGAGGUGAUAACAAACACAGCUAUAGGUAUAACAGCAAUCAUUUCAGGAUUUGUAGACACUUUCAUAGGCAUUUAUGCUCAUUUAUGGAAAAAUCCUACUCUAAAGAAUGACUUCAGGGACAUGCUGAAUCAGUGCUCAGGAUGAUGAAAUAUUAGUCAGUCAAUAGUGAAAUUACCGAGGAAACUUUCCAGGUGCUUUAUCAUUACAUCCAUGGAAAUAUUAAAUCUUUGUUUAAAGUACUGAAUAACCACUUUAAGUUCACAUUGCAAUGAUUAAAAUGUUUAAAAUGUCAGGGGGAGGGGGUACCUGUAAGUGUAGUAACAGGUAUAUGGUCACAAAAUCGGAAUAGCUCAAUUUCUAGCAUUUAAACUCUGCAUCAUGGAGGUGCGUGUGUGUAAAAAGCUAUUCUUAGAGGUUUUUUGACGCACUCAAGCUACAAUACUGAAGGGAUUUCUCCAUCCAGUAAUUACUGUUCAUUUAGUGCCAGACUCCCCACACAGCAGCGGGUCCUCGUCUCAUCUCAUGGGAUCAGUAACAAGGAUGUUUCCCUGGAAACUGGACUGCUCUAUCAUAUGUAAUUGGGUAAUUUCUGAGCUGCUGACAGAAAAAUAAUAUCUUUAGGGACCUUCAAAUGCCUCAGCCAACACUGAAUGUUAUAUGUCCGUUUACAUAACCAGUAUUUACCAUUACUGGAGACGUUAUGUAAUUACUGCAACACCAAGUACAUAUUUGAAUAAAGUAUGUAGAUAUCAGCUGUAGACAUUUAGACAGUAGGGGAAGAGUAUAAAGGGGUUCUAACGUCCGGAUUGCUCUGUUGAAAAUAAUGUAAGAUACGUACAGCUGCAUCUAAAAAGAAUAGAAUAUCGUGAAAAUUAGUUAUUGACAUUUAAUUUAAGAAGGCAAAUUUUAAUGACACGUAAAUGUAAAAUAUACCAAGCCAUUCUGUGUUUUAGUGUGAUGACUUUGGCUUAUGGGUCGGGAUGGUGGGGAGUGGAGUUCUUGUCAUCUUCCUCUUGACAAUUGUCUCAGGGAAGGCUACAGAUUGGGAGUGUUGGCUUGCCAAUCAAGCACAGAAAUAUCACGGACAGCAAAUUACUUGGUCAGAGUUUUGGCAUUGUGGGCUGGUGAUAAGUUCUGCUAGAAAAGUUAACAUCUUCCAAUAGAUGGAAGCAUGAGGUACUCUACAAUUUCCCUGUAAAUGGCUGCAUUGAGUUUGGACUUGAUAAAUCACAGUGGGCCGACACCAGUAAAUGACAUGGCACACCAAAUAAUCUUGAUUUCCAAAAUAUAAUCGAGUAUUUACUUACCAUCUCAAAAGAGGAUUUGGACACUGAGCAACCGUCCAGUUUUUCAUUCCUUAGCAAAAUAAGAAACUGAGGGUGUUGUGUCUGGUUCAGGCUUGAUAUUGGUAAUGUGACAGCUUCCUCUGGUUGUCUGUGUGUGGCACCUCUUGAUACAUUAACACCAGCCUCUGUCCACUCCUUAUGCAAUAUCUUGAGUUUACUUAACAAUCCUCUCAAGACUGCAGACUGCAUUGUUACUGUUGCAGGAUUCCGUUUCUCCUAUUUGACUCCCUCUACAAACUUUCAAUGUCCAUUUGAGCAUAUUACUGCAAUUAAUACCACCAAGACAAAUUUCUAUCCUCUUCUUAGGCUGGAUGACAAGCAACAAAGAGGAAAAAAUUAGGGUUGAUGACUUCCAGAAUUUAUUGUCCCUUCAAGGUUUCAACCAAUGCAACAACAAACAGGCCAGAACAUUUCCAAACAGGGUUUGGCAUCAGACCAGCAUAGACCAAGGUCAGACCAGCAAAAACUAGUGCGUCAGAUCAGUAUAAACCAGCAUCAGACCAGCACACACCAGUAUCAGAGGAGCAAAGAACACAUGGAGAUAAAAAGAGUUAAAUCUAGACAGAUUGUCACCCAGAUAAAACCAGCAAAAAGUGGUAUGAACUAGCACUGGACUUGUAUAGACUAGCAUAAAGUAGCCCCAGACCAACUUAGAUCAUCAUCAGACCAGCAUGAGACCUGCAUAUAACAGCAGAGAACCAGUAAAGAUGAAUCUCAUUGCAAAUUGAUGUUAUACCAAGCAAAUUACCUCAGGAUGAGGAAAUAGUUAGUUAUGACCCUGAGGUUAUCCAAAAAUAAGGAAGACCACCACAAAGAUAUUAUUUUAAAUAAAUCAGGCUUUACAAGAAAUAAACCGAAACCGAAUCAGUGCUGCUAAGCAACUGACAUAAAUUGAAUUCCUCAAAAAAAACUUUGGAAAUAUUAUUGUAUUAUUAAAGUGCCACAGGUGUUUGACAGUUUUUUUUUCCUGGUAAUUUUUGUUUAAACCCGGCCCUGAAUGAAGAAUUUAGAAAUUAUUUCCAAGAGGCAAAAAAAAGUUGAUCUUGGAUCAUUACAACGGGGUUGUUUUUAUUUCUAUUUGGUCAGAGUGUAGAUGUGUGUAACUGUCAAUAUGAUGAUUUGUUGUUUAUAGACGAAUAGUUUAUUGUAUUCUUUUAUGAGUUGUGUUCAAAGUAAAUAUAAUUAAGCCUGUAUUAGCCUAGCCUUGUUAGACAUAAUGUGACAGUUGAACACGGCUGAUAAACCAAGGACUAUCUUGGAAGGAAUGGACAAGGGAAUGAAGAGGAAGAUUAAGUCAAUGUAUAGGCUAGGCUUCCUUUUUUUUUUUGUUCUUUCUUGGUCUUUUUUUCAAAUAUUAAAUCAAAGUGUUUCAGUUUCUGGUAACAGAAUUUAUAAACUCUCCUGUCUUGUUGUGAAUCUUUUAAACUGCUUUUUUAUUUUACAAAUUCGAAAUAAAGACAUCUUUUGAACAACCCGAUCUUCAAAUCAAAUCCUAUUCGCUGGCUUCCGAUCAGAUAUCAUCCUCUCAUCUGACACGCACCCCUGCACACCAUUAUAUAAUAUUUAAUGUUAAUACUGCAUUUAGAACAACAUUUACCUCAUGCACAUAACCCACCUGUUAUGUGGGUUUUUCAUUCACUCAUCACUCCACUGUACUCUUCACCAUUGCUCUACUGGAAUGCAAUGCAAUGCAUGACUUGAAUUUGCCUUUGGGGAUCAAUUAAGUUCUUCUUAUCUAAACUUAUCUAAUCUUAUCUCAUCGUAUCUUGCUGCAAUAGCGGUCUUGUGUAGGGGAGAGUGGGGUAAGAUGAGCCAUUUUUCAUAUUUCGGAUCACUACAUCAAGGCAAUCAUAGUUUUGUCUCUAACUAGUAUAUCUGCAUGUAUUUCAAGAUGUUGUGCAUCCCUGCAAACCAACAGAAUGAGUGUAAACAUAACUGUCUUGAUAAUAUAACAUGCCAAAAAAAAGUGGUCUCC